UGGAGAUCAUGAUUCCUUUUGACUAACUGGUUUGCUUUCUGUAGCACCAAGAGCCAUGGCCACCACAUCAUCGGAGUCUCGCAAGAUGGACAUCAGGGAGCUCUCCCACCGAGUGCACCAGCUGAGCGCGCGUGAAGAGUUGAUGCUGACGGCCUCGAAGUUGGCUUCGGUGCCGGUGGAGGAGGUCUCGGAGUUCGGGAAGGUCUUCCCCGAUCUGGAGCUAAGUUCCAAAUCCUGCCGCGCAGGGCUGGUGCGUUUCCUCUUCGGGCGCUAUUUGCAUUAUACCUUGCUCAUUCUGCUGGGGAUCGAUGUGCUGCUGGUGGUGGUGGGCUUGCAGCUGCAAAUCGAGAUCGCCUCAUUGCAAGGAACCGCUGUCACCAACUGCUUCAUCGAUGCAGUGGAGCCUGAAGGGCCGCAUCACAUUAUGACGAGCGUGGAGGACGCGCAGGCCUGUGUGGACGACCAGCAUACGUAUCAUGUGGCCAAACAGUUUGCUGAAGUGGAACACAUCUUUACAUUCGUGAGCGUGGUGAUUUUGGGUGUUUUCCUGAUUGAAAACAUCCUUUUCAUGGUGGCCUUUCGGUGGAGAUACUUCAAGCUCUGGUUCUUUCCCCUGGACCUCUUCGUGGUCCUUUUGUCCUUGACCGCCGAGAUCGGCCAACUCAGCCACCACGGCCAUUAUGAAGUCCCAGCUGAUGCAUAUUUGGCGCCGGUGACCAAGCUGGGCACUGCUGCGAGCAUGUUUUACGAAGGCAUGUCUGCCUGGGCCGGCCUACUCAUCUUGGCGCGCAUGUGGCGCUUCGCCCGCAUCGGCCAUGCCGUCUUCUUGCUGCGAGAAGCGGAGGAGCAUAAAGAGGAGUUGGCGGAGGCGGUGGGUCUGGAGAGCGGACAUGGAGAGGAGCACCGAUCUGAGAAGCCAACGGCAGAAGUACACAUGUAGGGACCCUUCAGAUGUUCUGGGCUGGACGACAAGGGUAGACAUGUGGCAGUCUGUUCUGGGCAUGGGAUGUGCUUGUAUGUGAAUGUAUUUAGCUUCGGCUUGUUGCUUUUUUUCCCACAUUGACGUGUGGGGUUUUUGUUUUUAGUGUUGUAUCCGCUCCUCCUUCCUUCUCCUCCUCCCGCCUCCCGCUUGCCACCAACCAAUUGCCAGCAACAAUUGUCACCAACCGAUUGUCAUCAACCAAUUGUCACCAACCAAUUGCCACCAACUAAUUUCAGGUGCAACCGGAAGGGUAGUGCACAGAAAGGGUUUUGCAAAAACCUGUUCUACUAACAUCGUUGAAGGCGCGGGACAUUCGUAGAGCCCAAGGCUAUUCGUGGACACUUCGUGGAAUGGUGGGCCAGUAGGAGAACUGACUGCAACGAAAUCCCAGAAACCUUCGCAGAACUUCGUGGAAGGUAUUUUUGAUG